AUGGACCGAAUCACUCUUGGGGGUGUCUCCACUUCCGGUGGAGCAGACCUCUUCUUCAAUGCCUCCACCGAGGAUCCUUUUCAGAGCAACUCCACUGAAGCUAUGUUUCAGAGCAACUCCACGGCGCCCCCGAACAACUUCCGGUUUGAGUAUCCCAGGAUCCCCUACUGGAUUUCCCUGACCUACUUCUGUAUGCUGUGUUUGUCAGUGGGACUGGGGAUUCCCGGAAAUGUCAUUACUGCUGCUGCUUAUCUUUCCAUCAAGAACAAGUCCAACUGUGACUGGUACAUCUUCUUCAUGGCACUAUUUGACCUGCUAGCCUGUGUAUUCCGGAACACGGCCUUUAUCCUGGAGUACCUGGAGGUCUGGCUUGACCUCUCGACCUCAGGCUACUGUCGUUUUAUCGUCUGGGUGUCUCAGUCGACCGUGGGCAGCUGCAUCUUCUUGUUCGCUCUCAUUGCCAUAGACAGAUACUUCAAACUGUGCAACAUCUCCCAGGAAACGAUAACUCCGCAGAAAUCAAGAAACAUAACUCUUGUCUUGACCCUGGUCAACGUCCUCACGGCCGCCCCCUGUCUCUACCUGUUCGACAACCUUGACAGGGGCGUGUGUCAAGUCAAGACUGAGAUGGUCAACAACCCAUUUGUCAAAGCGUACUACAGCAUCAUCUUUAUUCUAUUCCUUCUCAUGAUGCUCAUCGUUGUCUACUGUUACAUCAGCAUCGCGGUCAAGGUUCGGCGAUCCCGGCGUGUCGGUCUGGUUGAGCGGGAGUUUGUUUACAAGAGCGAGAUCGCUGACGAGUUGUCCUCCCAUUCCAUCAGCUUCAAGAGACAGCUAACGACUACGACCUCCGACGAAUCCAUCCUGACCCAUCUUACAUCUGACGCCCCUUGUGUACCGCAGGGGUCAUCCACAGUUCAAGGUCAGGAGCGCCCCGGUCAACCACAGCACUUCGACCGACACGUGAUCAACCUUGAACUUCCUUCAGCAAACAGAACGGAUGUGAGACUUGUGCGAGGUCAGUCUCUCGCCGCUAGAGGCGGGGGAGGAGAAAGUGGCUCGAGAACAGCAUUCCCGUCUAGCGCUCGGUCUAGCAGAACCGCUGACCCGACGACCUUGGGACCCACUGGAAUAGCAGAGUCCAUGAACACAGGGUCUAUCGGCAUAGCAGGGGCGAUAACCAAUGGCCACAUCGGCACAACAGGGGUGAUAACCAACGGCAACAGCGGUACAGCCGGACAGCUGACCUCAGGCGCUACCGGAGUUGCCUCCCCCCUGACCAUCUUACACGCCCAGCGCGAGUUCGUUCGUCAGCAGAGGAACAUCCGGGUCACGGGGCUUCUCUUUGUCGUCACUUCCGUCUUCAUCCUGAGCUGGAUCCCGCCCUACGCCGCCAUGAUCAAGGGCUUCUUCGUGGGCUACACCUGGCCGCUCUCCACGGGGGAGCUGGUCCUGAGCAGCUACGGGGCAAAUGUUUACGUCAUCAACACCUUCUCCAACCCCGUCAUAUACGCCGCCAUGAGCGUGACGUACCGGAAACACGUCAAAACGUUGUUUACAAAAAUUAAAAUUAGCGUACAUAACUUCUUUUACCGGUAG